AAGUCUUGGAAGCCUGCUGAACGAUGGUGUUCAACAACGAAGAGCUCUUCUCUUCUUGCUCCGGACGAUCGUUGCCAGGUUACGAACUGACAAAAGAGACUUACGAACAAGUUUGGGACUCCUUGACCAAGUGGAUCAAAGCGACCUUUGAGGGUAAAAGUCAGGGGGUCAACAUACCUCACUUUCUCAAGAUAACAUGGGCUGGAGGAAAACUCGGCGCCAAGAAGUCUGAGGAGAGAGCUGACUUAGGAGGACGAGCAAGCUCCGAGGGGGUCGGGGUAGCAAGACCGCACGUGUGCCUGUCCGAGUACUUCAUCCAGCAAUACGGCAUUCGGUACCGCAAACCUGCCGAGCUACCAGAGGCGAAGUGCGAGGAGAUCAACUUUGCCAAGCUGGCGAUCAACUACUCGGAGAAUCUGAAGAAGGAUGUCAUCACCACUGCCUUCAAGAGGAUGGUCAGUGCGAUAGGAGAAGCGAUCAGGGAAGGGAAGGAAGUCGAAAUCUCGUUUGGAGUGGGAAGGCUCUUUGGACGUCGGCAGCAUGCCACAUUUCUCAUGGAGUCUCAGUACCUCCCCGACGGAGUUUCCAUGAAGAGCGCAUCCACGUCCCAUCCCUUCAGCUGCCCGUCGAAACUUCACUCGGCUCACUCGG